GUGCAGAAAGAACGUGAAAAUUCCAUUCACACAUGCAAAUUUUUAUUUUUAAUUAAUAAAAUAAGGGAGCUCUCCCCCCCGACGUAUGAUUAAUUAAAGCCGGCUUGGUCUUUGUCACCGUCCCUCGCUCGCUUCACCACGUGGACGUUGCUGCCUUGUACCACGCCGGCCCUUUUUGCACCGCCGACGGUUUUUCGGGUUCAAGUAUAGCAAAAGCAAAACACCGCCCCAACAUGCCGCCGCUGUCGGUGCUCCCGCUCAUCACGUCGUUGUUUGGGUUCGGCGGAGCCCAGAACGUGCCUACUCCGGUCGUUCCCGGCACUUGCGGGCUGACGUUUGACGGACGCAUCCCGCAAACCGCCACGCCCAAGUUGUUCACCACCGACAAGAGCCCCUUUAACCCCACGCACGUGCUCGGGAAGGAUGUCACAUGGGAUCAGGUUAUCGAGUUUCCCAUCAUUCCUCAGUCGCGGUUUGACAAGCAAGCCAACACCAAGCCGGUCGGGCUCAGCAUCACCGACAAGUCCGUCUUCCUCUCCGGCACCGAGGGCCUAGAGACGGAGCUCCGGCGCGCGGAGCUGCUGCUCAACAACCGCAACGACACCGUCUCGGGCCUCGUGACGUGGCACCUGUCGGUGCGCACCGACCCCAGCCGGCCCCUCAACUACUCGCACGAGUACAUCCUCGCCUUCCACGAGGCGCAGGACUUCCAGGCCGACUUUUGGAGCCUCAAGGUCGGGGCGCCGCUGCUGUCGCCGCCCGGCACGCCGCCCGACAAGACGUUCCGCCUCGAGGGGUGGAAGUGGGACAAUCCGGUAAAGACGUUUUUCCAGACGCCGUUGACCGACGACGUCUGGCAUAACUUUGGCAUUGGGUUGGACUACAACAAAAACCUCAUCUCCCUCCUCUACAGCACAAACGACGACCCCCUGAAGCUAGUCGUGCCUCCCACCGCCAACAACCUCUCGGGCAAGGCGCCCACCACCCUGGGCGAGACGCACUUUGGCCUGCAGAAGCGGCCGGUCGGGGCAAACCUGGAAAACUUUUUGUUCAACGGCUCGCAGCCCAAGGGCAUCAACGAGGCCUUCUUCUUUGGCGGCAUCUUUCAGGACAACAGCGCGAACGGGUGCAUCACUGUGUGAAGCAAGUGUUUACAUCAAUCCUUGGACGACCGCCAGUAAAAAAGUUCUUUAAUUCUGAAUGACCCGCCCGG